GUUUAUGAACUAAAUUACAUGGAUUUCCUGUCUUUAAACCAGAAUUCUCUUCCUUAUAUGCCAUAGAAUAACAGUAUGGAUUUGUAAUUCUGCCAACAUGCUAUUUGCAAAUCAUAUUGCAAAGUGGUCAUGACUGAAUACCAGAUUUAUGAUCUUUAAGGAGACAACAUCUUUGUAAAGUGGAACCAGGAGGGGUAUGUUUUUAUACAUUAGGGGUUAAAAAUGUGUGCGGCGUUUUAGUGCUCGUAAAUGAUGCGCUUUUGAUUGACUAAAACUAUCAACACAGCAAUACAACUUCUGUAUACGAAUAGCGGCGAUUGUUUUGCCUCCAGGACUUGAGGAUUAAUAUCUCGGUGAUAUCUGCCUUUUUGUGACAUAUCUUGAUUAAUGGGAUUGAUUGACACCAUUAAAAUAUUGGAUUAUCGCCAUGGCAAACUUUACAGUGUCUCGCACGCUGCGUCGCGUUGUUUAUGUCUAAUGCACAGUUCACGUUCUCCAAGACAGCCUUCAAAAGCCUUCUUUUUCCCGCGUGAAAUUUAACCAAGUAGCCCAUUGAUGAUGUUUUAACUUGAAGAGGCCUAGUUUUGUGUGAAAACAUUUCUAAGUUUCACCGGUAAGGUAUUCACUAGGGCUUGUGUUCAAUUUCCAUCCUCCACUAGAGGUUUAUCCAAUCGACACAUGUGCACACGACGAUGUGUUUGUAAAGGGUCAGUAAUCUGAUUAGAAUUAUUAGAACGGAAACGCAACGAGGUAGAACAGACUAGGAAUGCGGCGUAACAACAUGCAAUUAAAAUUCUCAACAGAGAGACUUGAGACGGUCGGAAAAUUGCAUGCAAAAUCAAGGCAAGAGCAGGCAUUUAAGUGGUAACACACAAAAGCAACUAUAAAGGUUAUGAUUUUGCAAGUCUAGAAGAUUUCGUUGUCCAUAAAGUGUCUUGAAAAUGUUUGCUCAAACCAGAGGCAUCAGGAAGGAAGAAAAUCGCCAGCGAUUGAGAUUGAAAGUCAAUCAGCGCGUACUUGUUCUCAUUUCAGAGGACUAAAUGUGAUCAGUCAACAGUUUAUUACUUAUAGGAAGUGCACAGUGUAAGAUUGCAUGCAGAUUAAGUCAUCUGAUAUACUGCACCUUUUCUCCACUUUGGGUACUUCAAUACAAAGUCUACAAAAGGUCUCGCGUUGCCUUUCUUAACAGUUUUCACAAGAGAAUUCCACUAAAGAGUCAUGCAGACUUAGUGAGAAAACAAGACAAAGGAUUGUUACCCGGCAAAUUUGCCUAUGUUUAGGUCAAUCGCCGGCAUUGCAAUUUGGUUUAUAACUUGCGUGUGCCCUUCAGAAUCCACACUUUUCAGUUUAUAGCUCAUAACUGAAUAAGUCUGGCAAACGCAGCAUUAGUAAAAUGGCAUCAAUCAUCUCUAGAAUAUCAUAAAAAGAAAUUAAGAUACGUGUAGUUAUUUCUUUGCCCCGACCUCGCUACACUUGGACUAAGCUGAGAGAGUCGAGACGGACAUUCAGUGACCAUGUUAACCGCCUAUGGUUACAAGAUAUCUACCUCUAAACGACUCAAAAAAAAAAUGGAAUUUUUUCAAAUGACACCAUCACUGAUAUCUUUAGCGGUAAAUUAAGGAUAGCCAUGCCAACAUGGUAUUUCAGCUAGAAAAAAAGGAUCCCUUGUCUCCGGUCCCUUGCUUAAAAAUCAGUGAAACUGAACCCUGAUCCUUGGUAAGAAUGGCCAUAUAUGGAGAGCACGUGAUCACCUCGCUAAAUAUAAAUCCCGAUAGUUUUUUUAAAUUUGAGUCAGAACUUUCACAGAUCAGAGCAUUUCAACUUUUUGAAGGUUUACGUCAGUACAAAGCUUGGCAUAGAUAGAAGUGCUUCAUAAUUUUUUUUUGAGAAAUGUAUUUCGUCACAGAACUUCACUGCUCGUGGAAUGAUGGAAAGUUUUUAAAAUUCAGUGUCAAGGAAGGACUAUGUGUCAGGUUAGGGAGCAUCUGCUAGAUUCUUAGGUAGUUCACUUCACCAUCGUCCCACACAAAUGGGGGGUUUCAUGUAAGUGCCCUCUCCUGCUGUUGUUCUAGAUUUUUCCUCGAUCAGUAGCAAGUUGCAUGUAACCAUAGGCACCAUCAGAAACUUCCCUUUAAUACGAGUUUCUGGAACGAUUUGUACUUAACAUUAAUUUACCUCGAAGAACGCAUAAUUAUGUUUAGAUGCAAAGUCCAAAGAUUAGGCUAGGCUCUCUCAUAUUCAGUAGCUCUUAAAUGAUUGUUUAAUACCCUACAUUAUGAUGUUUUUCGAAGACGGGCUUAGAUUUGAGCAGUCCGACCACUUUUUCUCAAGUCUUUAAAAAUCAUUACGAACUUUCGAACGUACGAAUUUUUUGUUACUGGCGAUGAAGCAAGAACCUGAAACACUAAACACAAUGCUCUUAAGUCCUCAGCUAAUUGGGUGUGGCUACAAGGCGCACACACAAAGUUGAUUUUUUUUUUUUAGCUAUUAGAGUUCAAAGAUGCAACGAGGAUAAAGUUCAAAUUAUUGUUGGUGUCAUUUCACUCCUCGCGCGCUUUUACACCCGAGCACGCACAGUAAAUAUAGGUGGUUAAAAUUCUAUAUGCAGAAUCGGUUUUCACUACUAUUUGUCUUUCUAGCGGGCGACCGCUUUCUUAUUCGUGGUUUAGUGAGAUUCUCUAUUUCAUAUUAUUUAUGCCUUUUCAGCAAUUAAACUAGUAAAACGGGUUGCCAAUUUUGGUUCCUAAAACUGACAUCACCGCUGACCACUAUAAUUUGGGACUAGACGUGGAUCGCGCGCAAAUUUACUUGGAAGCGUAAAAUUACUUCAGGACUCUGGCUAAAAGUUCCCGAGCGCUUUAUUUGUGAUUUCCACUGCUACAGCUCAUAUACUGAGGAUAAAUCUGAUAGAGAACCUGCCACUGAAAGAUGUGGUACAAAGCUGUUUCACUCUGGGUUUGGACUGCGCUUACAGUUCUAGUCCCAGCUCAAAGCAGCCCUCCAGUGAUAACAGAUUUCCUACAAAGGGAUUUGGUUUAUCCAGAGGACGUUAAGGCAGGAGCUCAGACUGGCUUCAGACUUCCCUGCAAAGCCACAGGGUCAAAUUUAAAAUGGACUUGGAAGCAUAACGGUACAACUAUCGCCGCCUAUGAUGGUAGACCCUUCACACUUACCGGCGAUGGCACCUUGAUAGGCAGUAGCUUAACUGCUACAGACAGUGGUACUUAUCAGUGUUUAGUGGGGGACGAGAAAACUGGUGCUGUAGCAUUCAGUAGAAAGCUUAAAGUUGCAGUCACAGCUGUUGGUGCCUUUAUCAAUCCUACAAGUGUGGUAAAAAACGUCAAUCUUGGUGAUCCUUUCUCCUACGACUGUCCUCCUCAUGAAUACAGCUACGGUGUGGUGUACAGUUGGGGAAAUGUCGAUGGGGAUGCUCACCACACGUUUGCGCGAAAUGAGCGUCGUUCCAUCUCAAGCAAUGGCACUUUGUUUAUAAUGUAUUUAACGCAAGAGGACAUUGACGAGAUAAAAAGGUAUAAGGGUAUAAGGUGCACCAUUUCUGGGGCUAAUUCCUUCCAGCGCUCUGGGACAUUGAAACUUGAGAAGAUUGACAAAGAUCAAAAAGAUUCUGAGAACUCUACACUACCUAUCUGGUUCGUGACACCAAGCGCACAAGAAACCGCUGUUCAAGGAAGGAAUAAAACUUUGUUCUGCUUUGCUUCAGGGAGACCAUCACCCAAGAUCACAUGGAAAAAAGAUGGCAAGAGAAUACGACUCGAAGAGAGCUCUUUCAAGAUUUCCCAAUCCUUCCAUGGGAGACGUCUUUCCAUUCAAAAUGUGGACAAGGAACUGCACGAGGGCACCUACACAUGUGAAGCUCAAAACGACCUCAACGAAGAAACUCCUAUCUCUUUCAACUUUACACUAAACGUAGAAGUUCCACCGCAAUGGGCCGCCGAUGCUCCACCCAAAAAUAUCACCAUUGUCAGUGAAAAGAAUGGAACCUUAGAGUGCAAAGUGACUGCCAGCCCCCCAGCAGAAGUGUCAUGGUACAAAAAUGGAAAACUGCUACAGCCUUCAGAGCGUCAUAUACUGGAUGGAAGCAGUUUACACCUGAUAGAUGUCAGUCUUAACGAUUCUGGAGUUUACCAGUGUGUGGCAGUUAAUGUGCAUGGCAUGAUAAUAUCGGCGACUUGGAUAAAUGUGGCAGCAUGGAAACCGUCAUUUGCCAAUGUGCAGUUUGGACCUUUUCAUCUGCUGAAUAAAAAGGAAGCCAAGUUGCCCUGCAAGCCCAGUACAGCCGCACCAGCUCCAACAUAUGAAUGGUUGAAAAAUGAUGAAUUAAUCACUUAUGACGAGGACAGUCGCUACAGGCUGGAGAUGGAUGGCACUUUAGUUAUAAAAGAAGUAGACAAGGACCAAGAUAACGUCAACUACACUUGCAAGGCAAAGAACUUUAAGGGUGAAGAUUCUGUGACCACGGUCCCAAUUAUUCGUGUUCUCCCAAGGUUAACAACUGAGCCGAUAAAUCAGACUAUCACUGAGGGUGCCAUGGCAACAUUCUAUUGCACUGCCUCUGGGCAUCCAAACCCCAAGAUAACCUGGAUAAACGAUGAGAAGAUCGUCACUACAGGAGAUACGCUGAGCUUUAAAACCAGCAGGAAUCAUUCUGGAGAAUACUGGUGUUCAGCAGAGAACGGACUGAAUGUAACUGUCAAAGCAAGUGCAUCCCUCAAUGUCCUCUAUAAGCCAAGUUUAACUACUGUUCCAACUAACCAAACCAUCAUCGAGGAUGCUAUGACAACAUUGAACUGUGUGGCCACGGGAAACCCAAAGCCAAAGGUUACUUGGAUUAGAGAUGGAAAGAUUGUGACUACCGGAAAUACACUGACCUUACAAGCAAAGAAGGAUCUUUCUGGAAAAUACUGGUGUUCUGCAGAUAAUGGACUGAAUUCAACUGUCAAUGCUAGCGCUUAUCUUGAUGUGCUAUUUCCACCAAGUUUAAACAUCACACCAUCUGAUCAAACAAUAAUGGAAAAUGAAGAAGUGACGUUCCAUUGUACUGCUACUGGCAACCCAACCCCAGACAUAACAUGGCUUAAAGAUGGCAAGACUGUGGGCAUGGGGGACACUUUGAGCUUCAAAGCCAAGAGUGAAAAAUCUGGAAAAUACUGGUGUUCAGCAGACAAUGGGUUAGAUACAACAGUGAAUACAAGUGCUUCUCUUGAUGUGCAAUUUGCACCAAGUUUAAUCACAACCCCAACUGACCAGACAGUACUGGAGUCUGAGACUGCAACAUUCCACUGCAAUGCCACUGGAAACCCAACUCCAACGAUAACAUGGAUUAAAGAUGGCCAGACUGUGGCUAAAGGAAAUACAAUGAGUUUUAAGGCCAACAGGACUCGUUCUGGAAAAUACUGGUGUUCAGCAGAGAAUGGACUGAAUUCUACAGCCAAUGCUAGUGCCAAUCUUGAUGUUAAGUUUCCACCAAGUUUAAUCAGAAAACCAUCUGAUCAGACAAUUAUUGAAGGUCAGGAACUGAAAUUCUAUUGUAUUGCAACUGGAAACCCAGCCCCAACAAUAACCUGGACGAAAGAUGGGAAGACUGAGGCUGAAGGUGACACCCUGAACUUCAAAGCCAACAGGAGCAAUUCUGGAAACUACUGGUGUUCUGCUGAGAAUGGAUUGGGCAUUUCUGUCAAUAGUAGUGCUUACCUUGACGUACAAUUUGCACCAAGUUUGAUCACAACACCAGCUGACCAAACAGUACUUGAGUCUGCCACUGCAACAUUCCACUGCAAUGCCACUGGGAACCCAACCCCAAAAAUAAAAUGGGUAAAAGAUGGCAAGACUGUGGCAUUAGGAGAUACAUUUGUCAUUGAAGGCAACAAGAAUCAUUCUGGAAAAUACUGGUGUCUAGCAGAGAAUGGACUGAAUGUGACUGUCAAUGCUAGUGCCAAUCUUGAUGUGCAAUUUUCACCAAGUAUCAACGUAAGACCAACUGACAAGACUGUUACUGAGGGAGACGUUGCAGCCUUCCACUGCAACGCUACUGGUAACCCAAACCCAAAGAUAACAUGGCUUAAAGAUGGGAAGACUGUGGUUACAGGAGAAACACUACGCUUUAUAGCUAGAAGGAACCAAUCAGGGAAAUACUGGUGCUCAGCAGAUAACGGAUUCAAUAAUACAGUCAAUGCUAGUGCUGAUCUCGAUGUGCAAUUUCCACCGGGUUUUACAACCAUACCAAUUAACCAAACGGUUAACGAAGAUGACCAAACCAUAUUCCAUUGUGCUGCCACUGGGAACCCAACUCCAAGGAUAACAUGGAUAAAAGAUGGGGAGACUGUGGGCGAAGGAGACCCACUGAGCUUCAAUACCAAAAGGAAUCAUUCUGGAAAAUACUGGUGUUCAGCUGAGAAUGGAUUGGGUCCAGCUAUCAACACGAGUGCCCACCUCGAUGUUCAAUUUGCUCCUGGUCUCACCACGUUACCAACAAACCAGACUGUACUUGAGGGUAACACGGCAACAUUCCUCUGCCAUGCAGCUGGUAACCCUACCCCAACAAUAACUUGGAUCAAAGAUGAACGAGUUGUGGGGACGGGAAAGACACUGACAAUUGAAACGCGCAAGGAAAGUUCAGGAGAGUACCUGUGUGUUGCCGAUAAUGGGCUCAGUGGCACUGUCAACGCUAGUGCUUAUCUUGAUGUCCAGUUUCCACCAAGUUUUGUUGACGUUCCACUUGACCAAACUGUUAGAGAGAACGAUGAAACUUCAUUUUACUGCUCUGCCACUGGCAACCCAACCCCGACGAUAACUUGGCUAUUAGAUGGAAUGACUGUGGCUUCAGGAAAAACGUUCAAGUUUGUAGCAAACAGGACUCAAUCAGGACAAUAUUGGUGUUCAGUAGAGAAUGGAUUGAACGUGAGGAUCAAUGCCAGCGCUCAGCUUGAUGUGCAGUAUUCACCAAGUUUUAUCCUCAAACCAACUAAUGAGACUGUUACAGAGGGUGAUUUGGCAAUUUUCUCUUGCGAUGCCACUGGUAACCCAGCCCCAAAGAUAACAUGGAUUAAGGAUGGGGAGGCUGUGGAUGGAGGAGAUACACUGAGCUUUGAAGCCUUCAGGAAUCAAUCUGGAGAAUACUGGUGUCUAGCGGAGAAUGGGCUAAACGAUCCAGUCAAUACAAGUGCUUAUCUUGAUGUGCAGUUUCCACCAAGUUUUACAACAACACCAAUUGAUCAGACUGUCCAGGAAGGCAAUGGGGCUACGUUCCACUGCCGUGCCACUGGAAACCCAACCCCAACAAUAACAUGGCUCAAAGAUGGGAAGACUGUAGGUCAAGGAGACACUCUUAACAUGAAAGUCAGCAGGAAUCACACUGGGAAAUAUUGGUGCACAGCAGACAAUGGUUUAGACGUGAAUAUCAACGCAAGUGCUUUGCUUGAUGUACAGUUUUCACCAAGUUUAAUCACAAGACCAGCCAACAAAACUGUUGUUGAGGGUGACCAAGCAACUUUCCAUUGUGAGGCCACUGGGAACCCAACACCAACUAUAAAGUGGAUUAGAGAUGGGAAGACUGUGGUUACAGGGGAAACACUGACCUUUGAAACCAAGAGGAAUGAUUCUGGAAAAUACUGGUGUUUAACUGACAAUGGUCUUAAUUCAACUGCCAAUGCUAGUGCUUAUCUUGAUGUUCAAUUUCCAGUGAGUUUUACGUCAACUCCAGUGGAUCAAACUGUCACAGAAGGCGAUGAAACCACAUUUCAUUGCACUGCCACUGGUCACCCAACCCCAGUAAUAACAUGGCUGAAAGAUGGGAAGACUGUGGCUUCAGGAGAGAAUUUAACGUUUACAGCCAAUAGGAAUCGUUCUGGUCAAUACUUGUGCUCGGCAGAGAAUGGACUGGGGGUGGCCAUCACUGCUACUGCUGACCUUGAUGUGCAAUAUGCACCAAGGUUAUUCACAGUACCAUCUAAUAUGACUGUCAUUGAGGGAGCCAUGGCUACGUUCCACUGCAAUGCCACUGGCAACCCAACCGCAAGAUAUCGAUGGAUAAAAGAUGGAAAGACUGUGGUUACAGGAAACACGCUAAGCUUUCAAACCAAUAGGAAUCAUUCUGGAAGAUACUGGUGUUUAGCAGAGAAUGGUCUGGAUGAAACAGUGAAUGCAAGUGCUUAUCUUAACGUGCAGUUUCCACUAAGUUUCAUUACAACACCACGAGACCAGACUAUUGAAGAAGGUGAUGAAGGCACAUUCCUCUGCAAGGCCACCGGCAACCCAGCCCCAAAGAUAAUGUGGCAUAAAGAUGGGAAGACUGUGGCUACGGGAGAUACAUUGAACUUCACAGUGAACAGGAAUCAGUCUGGAAGAUAUUGGUGUUCAGCAGAGAAUGGACUGGGUGUAAAACUCAACGCAAGCGCUUUGCUUGAUGUGCAGUUUUCGCCAAAUUUUAUCACAAGACCAUUUAACAAGACUGUUAUUGAGGGUGCCACAGUAACACUACUUUGUGAGGCCACUGGUAACCCAACUCCAAAGAUAACAUGGAUUAAAGAUGGCAAGACUGUGGUAUCAGGAGACACACUGAGCUUUGAAACCAACAGAACUCUUUCAGGAAAAUACUGGUGCACAGCAGAGAAUGGAUUAAAACCAACUGUCAAUGCUAGUGCAAAUAUAGACGUACAAUUUCCACCUAGCUUCACAACAAAGCCUGUUGACCAAACUGUAAAUGAAGGCGAUGAAACUAAUUUACACUGCACCGCGGAUGGUAAUCCUGUGCCGACCAUAAAGUGGAUCAAAGAUGGCAUGACUGUGGGUACAGGAGACAUACUGACCUUAGAAACCAAAAGAAAUCAUUCUGGAAAAUACUGGUGUACAGCAGAGAAUGGCUUGGAUGCGCAGAUAAACGCUAGUGCUAAGCUUAAUGUUCAGUAUCCACCGAGCUGGAUCACGAGGCCAACUAACCAGACUGUAAUUGAGGCCGCUACGGUAACAUUCCACUGCAGUGCCCUUGGUAAUCCUGUGCCAAAUAUUGCAUGGCUUAAAGAUGGGAAGACUGUGGGUACAGGAAACACACUGAGCCUCAAAACGUCGAGGAAUCAGUCUGGAGAGUAUUGGUGUUCAGCUGAGAACGCACUUAAAACUGUCAACACAAGCGUCAAUCUUGAUGUGCGGUUUCCUCCAAGUUUUACAAGUAAACCAGGUAACCAGAGUGUAAAGGAGGGCGACGAAACCACAUUCCACUGCAAAGCCAUUGGUAACCCUACCCCGACAAUAACAUGGCUUAAAGAUGGGAAGACUGUGGCCUCGGGAGACCCUUUUAAGUUAACAGCAAACAGGAAUCAAUCUGGAAAAUACUGGUGUUCAGCAGAGAAUGGACUGGAUGUCUAUAUCAAUACCAGCGUUUACCUUGAUGUGCAGUUUCCACCAAGUUGCUCGGUACGCUUGACCCACCAGACUGUUAUUGAGGGAAACCUCGCAACAUUCCACUGCGAUGCCACAGGGAACCCAGCUCCAAAGAUAACAUGGAUGAAAGAUGGUAUGACUGUGGGUCAAGGGGACACACUGAGCUUUGAGGCAAACAGAACUCAGUCUGGAUAUUACUGGUGCUCUGCACAAAAUACGUUUAACACGACUGCUAAUGCUAGCGGCUAUCUGGAAGUACACUUCAAACCAGAAAGAACGCACCUUUCAGUCGAUGCAGAUAUCACCAGUGCUGUCAAAUUUGAUAGUUCCGUCAAAUUUAACUGCACGGCAGAUUCACGUCCAGCUGUCGACGAGUACAGAUUUUACCGCGAUCAGUCACUCCUUGGUAGCAACAACACUGGUAUUUAUCACCUUCAGCUUCAAAGAAGCGGUUCAUAUUCCUGUGUUGCCGUCAACAGCGCUGGGUCUGGACAGAAAGCCACACUCUAUAUCGCUGUCAAGGCCUGGAAACCAUCCUUCUUAGGUGUUGGAUUUGGUCCUUUUUACCUGUUUAAGGAGAGCCAGGCUCGGUUACCUUGCAAACCUCUGGGAGAACCUCAGCCAUCAGUAAAAUGGUUCAAAGACGGUACAGCGGUAAGUUAUGGGCAGAACUCGAGCUACAAACUAGAAGCAGAUGGUACUCUAGUCAUAACCAAAGUGACAGAUGAUGAUGGUGGUAUAUACACUUGUAUGGCUCAGAACUACUUGGGAAAAGCAAAUGCAACAGCUCCUGGGAUUUUGCUUGAGAGGACAAAGAUUGUUGUCAAACCACAAAACAGAACAGUUACCAAGGGUACACGUGUGACUCUACAGUGCAGAGCCACUGCGGAUCCCUCGUUAGAACUGAGAUACAUCUGGAGAAAGGACGGUGCUGAUAUUGCUUAUGAGUCAAACGUUCAGUUGUUGGAAGAGGACAGAGUGAUAAACAUACCAGACAUAACUGCUGAAGAGGCCGGUGUUUACACCUGCAUUGUGUUCACACCGGAUCCCAAAGGAUCGGAAGACACUGCGUCCGCCAUUGUUUCAAUACAAGGUGCCCCACCUCCCCCACGUGACCUUCAAAUAACAGACUGCUACAACAGGAAGACUAACCUUUCCUGGAGUCCUGUAGUCUCUAAUGACACUCGCGUUACUCACUACCUGAUUGACCAGGAAUCCGAUCACAAAUCGAGUGUCUUCAAACUCGCGUACAAUGUCACCAGCCCUAAUAUUACGUCAGUUACCUUAAACCUGCCUGGUUGGGCUACUUUGCGUUUCCGUAUAAGGGCUGUGAGCAGCUUUGGACCAAGUCGCCCCAGUAUACCUACAGCAGAAGGCAUCUGCACGACUUCAGUUGGAUUCCCAGAGAAAUAUCCUGCUAAUCUACGAGGUGUGCCUGUGAAGGCAAAUGAGCUGUCCAUCACCUGGACCCCUAUGCCCAAGGAAGAUUGGAAUGCUCCCGGCUGCUAUUACAUACUGAAAUACAGGAAAGUCAAUGGCAUUUUAGAGGACUGGAUUGAGGAAAAAAUCGGUGAUUCAAAAGUCGGGGUGUUUGCAUUGUCCGAUCCCGGUUAUUACCAGCAGUGGGAGUUUGCAAUUAACGCCGGUAAUCACGAGGGACUAGGACCGGUCAGUCCUGUUAACAGAUCGUAUUCUGGUCAGAAUCCUCCCGCUGUUAAACCGGAAAACCCUCAAGUAGGAACAGUAACAGACAGCAAUGUCACACUGUUCUGGGAACCUGUUGCAGUCAAACAAGGAAGUGUUGAUGGAUACAAGAUUUAUUACUGGGGUGAAAGUCUUUCAGUCAGCAUCAGAAGAAAAAGACGUGAUGUACCCAGCUCGGCUAAUUCUCUGAAGGUUCUUGGAGGCGAUACUCGACAAGCUACCCUUACUGGUCUCAAACCAUACGCCAACUAUAAUGUGGUCGUGAAAGCUUUUAACUCCGCUGGUGAAGGCCCUGAAAGCGUUGCAAUGUCCUUUGAAACUUUGGAGGGUGUACCAGGCCCUCCAUCAAACGUAAAAAUAUUUCCAUUCGGAGAAUACCUACUGGUCACGUGGACACCGCCCAAGGAGCCCAACGGGAUCAUUACGAACUACCAAGUGGGGUCCGCUGAGUACAGUGCGUUAUCGCCCGAGAGUGUGGUAGUUACCAUGGAGACAGUACAACCCAAUGUAUAUAAGAAAUUGUUGGGUAAUGAGAGAUUUGAAACAAGCUAUGUUGUGGAAUUGCGAGCGAGAACGUCGAAGGGCUGGGGUGCCAGCUUAAGAACAACUACAACAACUAUGAAAAAGUCAGCUCCUGCUAAGCCAGAAAAACCCACUGUAGUCGUAACAGGAGAACCGGCCGCGUUUAAUGUGACGUACAACUUUGGUGUCGGAGGUGGAUGGACACACGAGUUCAAAGUUUUAUACAAAAAGAAAGGAGAAGGAGAACAAUUUCAGGAAACUGCAUGGGUGGAUCAUUUCCGCAUGCAGUCUACUGUAAUCAAAGAUCUGGACUUUGCCGCGCUGUAUGAAAUCAAGACUAUUGGUAAAAACACUGUCGGAACAAGUCCAGAAAGUAACAUCACUGAAGCUUUUGUAGCGGGCGACCCUGUUGUCGGUAAAGCUGUUGGCUCGCCGAUGUAUGAGUCUGAUUGGUUCAUCACACUCAUCAUUGUCUCAGGCUGCGUUUUUCUUCUUUUGGUGAUUGUUGUUCUGGUUAAACGUCACAGACGAAGGCGUAGCUUGAAUUUUAGAGUUGCCGAACACGAGAAGGAAAUUGAAAAUGAAAAAGAAAAAGAAAAAGAGAUCCCUGCCCGUGUCGACUUCAAACCGCGCGAGGACUGGAGAGGAAGACUGGAGGAGGCCGACCGCGAGAGUCACGACAGCCUGGAUGAGUAUGGUAGAACGGACGCACAUUUCACAGAAGACGGUUCCUUUGUAGGUGAAAUUAGCAUUGAUAAGCAGGAACCUUCACAAGAAGAGGUUAAACAUCCAGUUGUGUAGCAGAGGUCCAUAGGAAAGUGUUCCCUUGAUCUCAGUUCUGUGAAGGCUGACGACAGUGUGGCGUUCAAAAAAAAUACAUUUUUCGUUCUUUGAUAAUUGCUAGCUUUUCGCUACGAACUUUUUGCUCAGAAUUUUAUUUCAUUGUAUCUUUUUUGCGCUGUCUUUAUUUGCCUAUCCUCUCUCGCAAUACUUCUCUAAAACGACUCAAUCAACAGCCAAGGUAGCUUGUCACGCAAAACCUUAGAGAUGCGUUGCGUGACGAUAGAAAUUAGCUUAGAAGUGCUGUCUGCAGCUGAGUAAUUUAAUGAGGACUCUUUCUAUAUUGUUGUAGUCGUACAAGUUGAGGCAAAAUAUGAAGACUACACGUAUCCCAUAAAAGCGUUGUAAAACUGUUUUUCAAUCUCGUUGUUUUAAGAUUAAAAUGCAAAUCGUUUUAAGAAUUUUCUCAGCCAGGGAAACAAGUGCGUUUACGAAAACCUUUAUCGAUGUGCUCGAAGGGGUUCCCAUUCUUAUCAACCAAUCAGAAAUAGGACGAGCACACUCGAGGGAUAUCCGAACGUUGACACGUCAGUUUGCCGCCAUUGAGUAUACGUUUUGUUGCUAGGCAACUACGCCGAAAACUGCGGGCUCAGUUAAUUCUCGGAGACGGUUCUGACUUGUAAAGGAACUUGUUUCCUAGACUGUAUUUAGUCUGUAGUGCAUUACUUAGGAGCGAGAUAAUCUUUCCUGUUUGAUCACCAUGCAAAUAUACACUAACAUUAGCGUCCUGUUCACACUAAAUCUUAAACAUAUUUAAAAUGUUUUAUGUUGAAAUAUCUUGCAAUGAAGAUCGCCGCACUGCUGCUACGUAACAAAGUUUUGGAUUAAUUUUGAGCAACUUUUCGACAUUUUUUUGACAACUUUCUGAUGGCCUUAGUUUCAAAUGGCCAAUCAAAAUGCAGAAACUCCGAGACGACAUAUCAAACGGAGAGUGUCGCCUCACAUUUCAAUAAGAGAGGAUAAAGGGUAGGAUAAUACAGGACUAAUGUCCAAGGUAGCCCUCUCCAGGUAUUUAAUUAGAUCAUUCCCGGUUUCAGAAAUUCGAAGAAGGCCUGGAAGUAGCCAAACCAGAGACACGGAUUUUGCUUACGUGGACAGCCCGUGACUUUUCACGCAUUUUCAUCCCCCAAGAAAACAUCUACGCAUGCAACGCACGUGGUAACAACCGCAGGAGAACUGGAUACCAGAUCUAAAAAUAACUUGAGAACAAGGCCUAUGUGGAUGGUUACCUCUGUUACCCUUCAUUCUCUCUUGAUUUCGACUAUCUGUUCUUAAAUGCGUACCUCUGUAGUAGAUUUAGGUUAUCUUUGCUUUGAAGUUGUAAAUUUGUCGCCUUUCAAUUGCAAUGCUUUACCAAGAUAGUCGCUUAGCGCAAAGAAAUGUUACUUGUAUACUGUCUGUUAGACAAUGUAUUAGGCUUUUGCUCAGGGUUGGACUGAAGCUCUUUACCCCCGGAGGGUCUCCCAUAUAAAAGGGCGAGAGUGCUAGUCGUACCUUCGAGCCGAAAACAAUAUGACAGGAGACAAUGUUCUUUUAGAAUUGGUACCUCUUAGAGGUGAAA